UCGGUAUCGACUGAAUGCGCGCAUCGGCAACGCUGCUUUAAAACAUCGCGUGUCCGUUCAUUUUUGUAAUCACUGUCACAACACUGUCAAACCAGUUCAAGCAAAAAUGCUCAAACAAAAACAAUAAACACUAGCAAACACUGUAAUAGUGUUUACACUAUUGGUGUUUAUUAUUGAUUUACUGGCUCGAUAAGCAGCGAGCUUGAUUUGCCGUUGAAGCAGGUUGAACGAACAAUACUCGUCUUUAUCUAUGAUGCCGGCUAGUGGCUGUGAACAUUUCCACCGAUUUAAAACGACUGGCGAUAACCUGGACACGCUGAAAUGGAUAUACCUGGUGUUUGUGGUGGGCUCCGUGAGCCACCUGAGACAAAUGAAGUUUUGCAACUCGUUUUGCCACACAUGCCGCAAUCGGGGGCCCCACUUGCAUGCCUGCUUGGAAUGCGUGUUCUUCGGCUGCCACCGGCAUAUUCGGGACCACAAUGCCGAUGCUGGACACCGUUUUUCGAUCGAACUGUAUUAUGGACAAGUGCACUGCGCUAGCUGUGGCGACUACAUUUAUGACACGGAUCUGGACGAGAUUGCGUUGAAGAAUCGGAUGCAGGCCAAGAAGUUCCACAAGCGACUGUUCGAGUGCAUUUCCUGGGACCCCAGUGAGGAGGAGCGCCAACUGCUGACCAAUCAGACGAAGAAGGUGUGUGUCACGCCGGAAACCACUAUCGGCCUGCGGGGCCUGAUCAAUCUGGGAAACACCUGUUUUAUGAACUGUGUGGUGCAAGCGAUCAUGCACACGCCGCUGCUAAGGGACUACUUCCUCACGAAGCACCACUAUUGCAAGUCAGCGCAAAUGGCCUGCUUGGUGUGCCAGAUAUCCGAACUGUUCCAGCAGUUCUACAACGGGGAAAAGACGCCUCUGGCCCUGCCAGAUUUGUUGCACUUGACUUGGACGCAAGCCACCCACUUAUGCGGCCACAAGCAGCAUGAUGCCCAUGAGUUUUUCAUGGCCACGUUGAAUCUGCUGCACAAGCACUACUCAGAGAACACCCUGAACCAGAACAAGACAGUGCAUCACAACAACACCGGCAAUUGUCUGUGCAUAAUCCAUCAGAUCUUCACCGGUGGACUGCAGAGCGACGUGAUUUGUCAAAGUUGCAAUGGAAUCUCGUCGACGACGGAUCCCACGUGGGACUUUGCCCUCGAUCUGGGCUCGGUGACGGAGGGGGGCCGAUCUCCCUGCUCCCUCUUGGACUGUUUGGAGAGUUUCACCAAGGCGGAGCAUUUGGGCGGCAAGGAGCAGAUCAUGUGCGAGAUCUGCGGCUCAAAGCAGGACAGCACCAAACAGUUGACGAUCAAGACACUGCCGGUGGUGGUCACUUUCCAGCUGAAACGUUUCAAUUCGAGUGCUGGUGUGAAGAUUUCCACCGCCAUAUCGUUUCCGGAGAUGAUCGACAUGACGCCGUUCAUGAGCAAGCGGAAAGACGAGCUGCCCGUUCCCAGUGAUAACCGAUAUUCGCUCUUUGCGGUGAUCAAUCAUUCGGGCGUUUCGGCCAUUCAGGGCCAUUAUGUGGCCUUUGUUCGUCACCACUACACCUACUGGUAUAAGUGCAACGACGACAUUAUCACACCGGUCACAUUGAAGGACGUUCUGGCUUCUGAGGGCUACAUUUUAUUCUAUCAUAAGCAGGUGCUGGCUUAUGAAUAGAGCGCGAUUCGAUUUCUGAUGCCGGAGGUUUUUCCAAGGAGGGAUUAGGCAGCGUUUCACGCGUGUGCUUUAAUUAAACUGUGUGGCAUUACGAAA